AUGGGUGUGUUUGGUUUGGAGUCUGUGUCAGUGACUGAAGGAGAGUCUGUUACUCUCCACAUGAAUAUCACUACAGAGGAAAGACGGAAUCUGGUGGAAACGUCAUGUUGUUUGUGUUCAGCUGGUGGUUCUCUCUCUGCUGUGCUGAAACAGGCCUAUCUGCCCAGUGUGGAUUAUCAGACGUGUUCUCGCAGUGACUGGUGGGGCAGCACCGUGAAGAACACCAUGGUUUGUGCUGGAGGUGGAGAGAACUCUGGAUGCUUCGGUGACUCCGGCGGUCCUCUGAACUGUCUGGUCAGUGGAAGUUAUUCCGUUCACGGUGUGACCAGCUUCGUGUCGUCUUUGGGCUGUAACACCAACCAGAAACCAACAGUCUUCACUCGUGUGUCUGCUUACAUCAGCUGGAUUCAGGGUAUCAUUGGAUAAAGUGGAUCAGAGACAAACAUCCUCCAUUUUACCCACAAUGCAUUUCUGCCUCUGUAAUGAGACAAUAAAC